AUGGCUGUUCAAAAAGUUAUCAGAAAGAAGUCCAAGGCCAAAAUUGAUCCCGUGGCCAGAAUGAAGGUGAUUUGGUUGGUGGGCCAUGGGUUAACGCUUGGUUUGGGAGCCAUUUACGCACUCUUCUACCUAUCCCAAUGCCUGACCUUUUACCGCUACAGAUCGUGGAAAACGUUGUUUUUGAUUGCAAGACGCCCUCAUUUCAAGUCCAAAACAUGGGGACACCUGUUGUGGCGGUUGUUGCCACAAAUUACGUACCGGAUGUCGUUGAUCGGUGUCCUGGCAUCGCAUUCCGUGACCAGCUACCAGAAUUGGUGCUCGCUCAACCCUUCGUGGUACGACCUUCUGAGCAAAGAGAAUUUCCAAAGUAUCUUGAUCGCAACGCUUAUGCUGUUCAGCAGGGCCUCGCUGUUCAAGCUGGUGCCCUUCAUGCUCACCAGUUUUUUGCACCUCACAGUGAAGGACCAAAAGGACGCAACCACUGAGGAGAUCAGCGAAGAAAAAACCAAGGAACCAAAACACAAGGACAAGACUGCCUCGCUGUUGCACAUCAUUGCUUACUCCGAGCUUCUUGUCAUGGUGAGUCUACUAUUCGAUAUUAUAACGUUACGGGACAAUUUGGGCGGAUUCGUUUUGGCCCUGUACAUGUCGAUUUACUGGCUCAGGCUCAAUUUCUCUCCUUACGCUCAGGAAACGCUGUUGAUACUUGUCCUGAAAGUGGACAAGAAGGUUCCUCCAAAAUUCCAGCCUCAAUGGAGAGGCGUCAAGCAAUUUUUGUACUUGAGAAUGGACGAAAGUCGCAAGCAUCAAUAG